UAUAAGAAUAACAGUUGUAGAAAAAUUUGUGAAAUAUAAAGAAUGAAAUUAAGUUUUUGAAAAUUAUAUAUAUAUAUCUUAUUUAUGAAAACAUAUUUUUCAAAUAUAAUCUCUUUCUUUUUUUUAUCUAUGAACUGCUAAGUGGAUAUCUAUGUUCAUCUGUAAAAUACCGGCAACAUUGUUUAAAUAUUAAUUCUCUAACCUGGAGAUCCCAGCAUCAGAGGUCCCACAAAAGUUUCAUGUUUAUAAGACUAUUUUGUGUCACCAUUCUUUACACUCAAUUUUUAUGACAGUACGUGGGGAGUAUGAAGUAACCGCCUUCUGGUUGAGGCAGUUUACGAUUCAUCGCGUCAUAUAUGGUCACAUGCAUAAUUGUGCAUGCGUGUGGUAUGAUCACAAAAUAUUGCAUUAAACAUUGUUCGAUGUUACAAACAUCUUAUUUCACUCGUUUACUUCUCAAUGUCUAGUUAGAACAAGACAUUUAAGGGACUAUCACUGUCUAUGUAGUCUAAUUAAAGUUAUGUAGUUUUUGUGUCAGAGUCGCUUCCGCGGAAAUAUGGUUAUAUUUAGUAUAUGACGACCAGUGUUGUGGAGCACGGAACACUGCCACUCCCCCGUUACAGUAUUUGUACAUCUUCCUUAUUUUAUUUGGUAAUUCUGAAAAAAUGGAAGAUAUUUUUCAAUGGUGCCGCGAAGGAAAUGCUAUGCAAGUGCGUGUUUGGCUAGAUGACACUGAACAUGACAUGAAUCAAGGCGAUGAUCAUGGAUUUAGUCCACUUCAUUGGUGUUGUAAAGAAGGACACUUAAAAUUGGCAGAAUUACUGGUUACUAGAGGAGCACGAAUUAAUGCUACCAAUAGAGGAGAUGAUACCCCUCUUCACCUUGCUUCAGCUCAUGGACACAAGGAAAUAGUUCAACUGUUGCUUAGAAAUCGAGCGGAUGUAAAUGUUACAAAUGAACAUGGGAACACUGCCCUUCAUUAUGCAUGUUUUUGGGGUGAUCAAGCUGUCGCUGAAGAAUUAGUGGCAGCAGGUGCUCUUGUAUCCAUUGCAAAUAAAGAUGGUGAUACUCCUUUGGAUAAGGCAAGAGGUUUACUUGCUAAACGAUUACAUGAUUUAGCUGUAGAGUAUGGGCAGGACUUGAAAAAAAUUCAGUUUAAGGAUCAAAGUUGGUUAGGAUUGAAAACUAGAAGUCGGGAUGCAACAUUAUCGAGGCAUAAAGGAAUUAAUAUGGCAGAUUUAACAUUGCACACACUUCUCGCAAGUACUCCAAGUGGUGAGACUUGGCGAGGACGUUGGCAAAAUAAUGACAUAGUAGCCAAAAUCUUGACUAUACGUGAAUGUACAUCGAGGAUUUCCAGAGAUUUCAAUGAAGAGUUUCCCAAGUUAAGAAUCUUUUCACAUCCGAACGUUUUACCUGUUCUUGGUUGUGUUAAUCAGCCACCACAAUUAGCAACUGUUUCACAGUAUAUGGCUCGUGGUAGUUUGCACCGAUUAUUACAUGGAGGUACAGGUGUAGUUGUUGACACUGCACGAGCAUUGAGACUUGCUCUUGAUGUUGCAAGAGCUAUGGCAUUUCUCCAUGGACUUGAGAGACAAAACAGAUGCAGAUUUCAUUUGAACAGUAAACAUAUUAUGAUUGAUGAAGAUUUGACGGCGCGUGUAAAUAUGGCCGAUGCAAAAUUCUCAUUUCAAGAAGUUGGGCGAAUUUAUGAACCAGCGUGGAUGUCGCCGGAAGCACUGAGUAAGCGUCCAGCAGAUAUAAAUCUAGAAGCUAGCGAUAUGUGGAGUUUUGCUGUUUUACUGUGGGAACUUGCAACUAGAGAAGUCCCGUUUGCUGAUCUUUCUCCAAUGGAAUGUGGGAUGAAGAUUGCAUUGGAAGAUUUGCGCGUUAGUAUACCACCGGGAAUCUCGCCUCACCUUGCUAAACUUAUUAGGAUUUGUAUGAAUGAAGAUCCAGGAAAACGUCCGUCUUUUGAUAUGGUUGUUCCGAUACUCGAUAAAAUGAAACGUUAGUUUUCAGUGCAAUAUUUUGUCAUCUGGUUUUAUUUGAAACAUGAUCUACAAGAAACAUGUCAUUCCUGAACAAAAAUAAUGGACGUAAUUAGAGAAAAUUACUUAAAUGCUAAAACAUCCAAUACAGUGCCUCUAUUAAAAUAACGGAAUUAUAUUUUUUAUACAACAAUUUAUAAAGCGAUGUUUUGAGAAAUUUUAACGAUAUUGUAUUAUAUACAUUGUUAUGUAAUGUUUAUAAUGUAUAUGUAACUAUAUUGAUUAUAUUUAUGUUUUGUAAAAGAA